AGGUUCAAAGUAGGAACAUUUAAGAACAUGGCACAGUGCGCAGAGGACAGGAAAAGACUCCGGAACUUUUACAUCGGCCACCUUGACGCGGGGGACGUCCCGGGAGUGACGUGGAUAGACCGGAGCACGGGGCUGUUCCGGAUUGUGUGGAGGCAUGCCGGCAGGGACGGCUUCGAUCCGGAAAGGGACGGACUCAUAUUCAAGCUCUGGGCCCAACAGACGGGCCGGUGGAAGGAGGGCGACCCGGAGGACACCACGGCCUGGAAAACGCGCAUGCGCAACGCCCUGCGCAGACUUGCAGAUUUUCAGGAGGAACAGGACCUGGGGAAGCCGGACGACCCGCACGAGGCGUUCCGGGUCUACAGGCUCGUGCCGCCACCGAGUAACCCCCCACAGCAGCCGGAGAGUAUUCCUGAGCCGUCCAUACUGCCUCCUGACGUCAUGAUGUCUGACCUGAAAGACUCCGAGUCCGCCAUGAACUGUUUGGCGCCUGAUGAGGUGUUGGAGUAUUUCCACGAGCUGGACAUGGUUUCACCUGCACCUUCGGAGGACUCCGCCCAGGGCGCGUGCGCACAACCACAGCCAAUCGCAGCAAACGUGGCACCGCAGCAAAACGUAAAUCAGGCAACCGACGGAGCCACCGCGACUUUACCCGAACAAACCCAAGGGCCGUUUCCAAACAUACCAGAUGGUGACGUGAAGAUUUCUGUGCAGUACCGGGGCAGGCAGGUGUUGGAGGAGAGCCACAGCAACCCCAGCGGCGUGCGCAUCUACCACGGAUCCCCCAUCAAGGAGUUUGUUGCAACUCAGAUGAUCCCAGGAGACGGAAGACAGAAGUUGUACGGACCAGAAAACGCGACGCAUGUCCUGCUGCCCCCUUGUGAACCCCAUAUGCACUCCCCGAAGCAGCUAGACAUCACCAGAGAACUCCUGAAGCACGCCGAGAGAGGCGUCGUCCUGCUGUUUUCAAACGGCGACGUCUGGGCCACGCGGCUCUGCCAGACCAAAGUCUUUUGGCUCGACCCCAACAAGCCGGACAUGUCGCUUCCCUUGAAGCUCGUCCGAGACCACCCCACCAAAGUGUUCGACUUCGUCCAAGGCUUCUUGCCCCUUCUGCAGAACUACGCACGCAACGUCGAAGGAAGCAAGAAACCGCGUCCUUACUUCAAGAUGUGUUUCGGACAGUCUUGGGGAGCGGAGGAUCCGUUCGAGAGUAACCUGAUCGCAGUGACGGUGCAGCAGCUGACGGCGGAGGCCCAGCUUAACUUAGUGAGCCAGUACCGACAGCAGGACAACACCUCUUCCCAGUCUUUCCCGCUCAGAGACGACCCACUCUCGCGCUCCAACCCGGAAGAUCAGAUCAUCAAACAACUGGGACAGCUUAUCAACAGUCUGUCGAUACAACAGGACUCUCCGUCGCCCCCAAAUUUCCACACAGGCUAAAAUAUACGUCUCCAGGACGAGAAACCGCGUGUGCAGCUACUAGAAAAGUGCUACCGCUCUUGGGGCGUCGCCAAAAUCUUUGUCAAACUAGUAAGCAUCACACAACAAGAGUUCGUAACUUUUGGGGUGCUUUUGAGACGCUCUCUGUUUCCUGUUCAAUCUGGCAAGUCAGGUCUCGUCGAGUUCUCUUGUUAUGUGACUUACGAUGUUUACUAUUCGCAGUGUAACAUUAUACUGUUUUAGAAACUUGUUCUUAUCGGUAGGAAUGAAAGCUUUCUUUGUUUGAAUAGAACGAAGCACAAAUACAUAGCUACCAGUUUCUGUAAGACAUUAGUGCAUGAUAGUUUUAGGAAGGUGAGUUGUGUAGUAACCCAUAGGAAAGAUGCACUAAAUGGUAAAAGUGUGUUAUGAUGACAUUUGUACAUAUCAAACUUUCACAAAUUGAGUGCACGCGUCACUAGAUUAAGUGUUAAGGAAUGCAUAUCGUAUCAUAUUCAUGAUAGGCAAAGGCAACGAAUAUCAAGGGGAAAAUGAUCUAUACUGAUAACGUAUGUUAUUUGUGGCUUGUUGUUGAUGUUGGUCAGGACGGUGGAUGAAGCCAAGCUAACAUAGGAAACACGCAUGGAGAAUGUUAUUUGUACAUUUACGAUUUGUGUGAUACAUCUUAUAGUUAUAGGCCUAUGAAACUGUAGAAUAGUUUAACGUAGUAGUAAGAACGGCACUUUGCUGUACUGAUGACACAAUGUUGCCUCUAACUGGUAAGUAAGUUGGGGAAAAUGAAUGAUGGUGUACCGUUACAUAUAAAUAUGUAUAUCAGGCUUUUUAAUCAACAAAGUAAUUUUGAAUUGUAGAAGUUUUCGAAUGUUCGUUCCGUUAUCAAAUUUACGGUACAUGAAUGAAAAGGAGUCGAGUAAAUAAAUGAAAACG